CAAAAGUCUUACCCACUCAUCGUUUUCUUUAAAUAAUCAAAUCCACUCGUCGUCGUAAGAUAUUUUCCUUUCGAAUAUUAAGAAAGAUGAGACGCGUGAUUAUUAAUUAAUAAAGAAACUUUCGGUCAGCGGAGAGAAGGUUCCUUUGCCUUUGGUCUCUUUUUCUAAUCGAUUGAUUAUAUCUUCAAAUAAAAAGGAGAAAAGAAAGGUUCCUUGUUUUUCCAGACAAAGAAAACACAAAUUCAUUCCCUCCUCCUCUUCAUCUCUUUUGCAGAUAUGGAUGGUUAUUAUUCUCUGUCUCCCAUCUCUGUCCUCCACCGGAUUAAAGAUUCCUUCCAUUUCGCCGUCUCUGCCCUUCUCGCCAACCUCUUCUCCGCUCUCUUCACCUUCUUCUUCGCUUUAGUGGGGACUUUGCUGGGAGCAUUGACAGGGGCUUUGAUCGGCCAAGAAACAGAGAGCGGUUUCAUCAGAGGAGCCGCCGUUGGUGCUAUCUCAGGCGCCGUCUUCUCCAUCGAAGUCUUUGAAUCUUCCCUCCUCCUUUGGCAAUCCGAUGAGUCUGGAAUUGGAUGCCUUCUCUACUUGAUUGAUGUCAUUGCUAGCCUUUUGAGCGGGAGGCUUGUUCGUGAGCGUAUCGGUCCUGCAAUGCUAAGUGCCGUCCAGAGUCAGGUACAACUACCAUUUCUUUUCUUUGAUGCAUCAUUCAUUAUCCUUCUCAACUUUUGUAUUAAUAAUAAACAGAUGGGAGCUGUGGAGUCCCAGUUCCAAGAUCAUACAGACAUCUUUGACACUGCCAUUUCAAAGGGUCUCACUGGGGACUCUCUCAACAGGAUCCCUAAGGUCCGAAUCACAGACACCUCUCCGGAGAUUGUCUCUUGCUCUGUCUGCCUUCAGGUUUGUCUCACUUCCCCCCUCUGCUUUUGAACAUCAUCUUCCGCGGAACGUAGAUUAGAAGAAACCAUUAUAUAUUGUUGCAAAAGGUUGAGAGAGGUUCUAGAUGUUUCUAUUAGGUGACAAGUGGUUGAAAGACAAAAUUAAUUAAAAUUGAGGUGACGAAACAGGACUUUCAGGUGGGAGAGACAGUUAGAAGUUUGCCGCACUGCCAUCAUAUGUUCCACCUACCAUGCAUCGACAAAUGGCUUCGCAGGCAUGCUUCUUGUCCCUUGUGCAGAAGACAUCUUUGAAUUGAUUUUGAACUCUUCUUUCUUCUCUUCUUUGUACAUGAGGUAUAGGCAUACACACACACACAUAUAUACACACUAGUAGUCUUCCUUGAUUUUUUUUAGAUUACACGUUACACAGAUUUUGAUGCACCAAUCAUUGUAACUUCACUCAUCUCUUGGAGAUCCUGUUUAUUUAUGCUACUUAUUCUUGGCUUCAUCAUUCAAAAA